AUGUCCGAGUAUAGAUCCGCUACCUAUUUUGAUAACUGGUCAACCAACUUCCACGAUGCGUCUCCGGAAAAGCGCCAGGAACUAGUCCGGAGAUUUCACACCAGUUACCAAAUCACUGUCAAGAACGGUAGCGAACAGAGCCAAAUUCUGAUCGACCUUAAGCGCGGGGAUGGUGAAAUUACGACGGAAAUCUAUGGCCACCCAGAUGUCUACCUCCAGGUUCACGAAUUCCAAUUUUGCGACUGGGCCGAGGGUAAAUCGAGUAGCGAGAAUCUGUUCAGGUCAGCAAAGUUGAAAGUCAAAGGUAAUAUCAUGGCUGCGAUGAACAUAAAUGGACUUUUUCAGGAGUUAAAUUCGCUAGAGUCGGAUUAG